AUGAUGGCGAUGUUGAAGACUGGCCGUGUGCUGCUGGUGUGUGCCCUCUGCGUGCUGUGGUGCGGUGCCGGCGGGGGUUGUAAAGAAGUACCCGCACAUCCCGACUCUGAUGCGUCCACUGAUAUUGAGAGGGACAGAGGACAGUCACAGGAUUUAUCACUUUCUGAAACGCCAGAAUCACACACCCCAGGCUCAGAGACACUAGUAACAAAUGUCCAACAAGAAGAAGUUCUCUUACCACUUCUUGAAUUCUCUCAGGCAGGAACCGAAGAUGUUGCUGGUAAAGAAAAAGCAAGAAAAGAAGAUGUUACCAAAGAAAUUGGAAAAGACGAGAAGGUUGGUGAAACAGGAAAAGGGAUACAAAAGCCUGAGGACGAACUGAUUUCAGUGAAGGGUCAACAGUCGCAUGACAAAGAAGGCUUACGGCCACAAUUAUUGAAUGGACCUCAUGGUGUUGGAACGGCAACACCAUCAAGAGGCAGUUUGCCAGUUAAUAAAGAUCAAAGAGAAUUGUCGAACCCUUUGCAGCCUCCAUUACCGAACAGCUCACCGCAUGUAAUUCAAUCAUCCACAUCUGCAGCUGGCCGUGGUGACGAUAAAAGUCACGAAAACGGCAAUGAAACGAAGAAUUCUCAACAGCCUGUGGUAGGAGGCAUUCAAGAGAAGAAUGGCACUGGCGUGAAAGCUGUCGCUUCAACAAGUGGAGAGGAAAAUUCACGAUUGUCAGUCACGACACUUGAAGAAAUGAGUGAUGCAACAAAGAAAGGCGACAGCAACAGCAGUACCGCGGCAACCGCGGCCCUGCGGUCUGAUGCUGGCACAGAAGGCACUCCAACCACCAAUCAUCCGAAGCAACCCUCCACUGAAGGCGCCACACCACCCGGAACGAAUUCCGAUGGUGAAGCUGCACCAGCCAACAAAUAUGAUACGGUCUCUCAAAGUGCAGGAUCCACAACAGCGCCAACCACAAACGCCACAACAGGUGACACGGCGACGCCUGGCCACAGUGACGGCAGCACCGCGGUCUCCCACACCACCUCCCCUCUUUUGCUUCUUUUUGUUGUUGCGUGUGCUUCUGCGGCUGCGGUGGUGGCCGCAUGA